CCCGCCCUCCUCCCCUUAUCUGCAGAGAGCUGGGGGCCGUACCCAGGAGUUGCACUGCCGACCUGCUAGAGAUAAAGAGGAAGAGCCAGAGGAAGGCUCUGGGGAGAAAGCGAGCUAGAGAAAGAGAGACGGGGUGGAGAGCGAAGGAGAGGGAGAAAGGGCAACCGGAUCCCAGAGACCGCGUCUCAGGUAUAUAUAUAGAGAAGACCGGACAGAGAGAGACAGAACCAGGAGAGGUUCUCCAGGAGGCCACGUGGGGGUGGCCCCCCACCCUGCCUAUCACUCCCCCCUGCUGCACUGUCACUUCAAUGCGGGCUGCUGUUGUGUGGAAGGCGGCAGAGAAUCAGGGGCACCCCGCGCCAAGGCUGACUGGGACCCACACCGCCGCCUGACCCGUGUGCCCUUGGGCACGGUCACCACUGCGCCCGCGCGUCCCAGUGCGCGCCAGCCCCAAGUGGGAACUCGGGGGGCAGCGCUGCCCAGGAUGGCUCCCGGCCAGGCGGUAGCUGGGCUCUUGCUGCUGGCGGCCACUGGCCUCGGAGGGGUGACGGAGGGGCCCGGGCUGGCUUUCAGCGAGGAUGUGCUGAGCUUGUUCGGCGCGAAUCGGAGCCUGUCGGUGGUGCAGCUCCGGCGCCUGCUGGAGCAGCUAGGAGCCGCCCCCGGCGAGGGAGCCCCGGAGUCCAGCCGGCUGCACUUCAACCAGUGUUUAUCUGCUGAGGAGAUCUUCUCCCUUCAUGGUUUUUCAAAUGCUACCCAGCUAACCAGCUCCAGCUUCUCUGUCAUCUGUCCAGCAGUCUUACAGCAACUAAACUUUCACCCUUGUGAGGAUGAACCCAAGCACAAAAUAAAACCAAGUCUUUCAGAAGUUUGGGGAUAUGGACUGCUGUCGGUGACAAUUAUUAAUCUGGCAUCUCUCCUUGGAUUGGUUUUGACUCCAUUAAUAAAGAAAUCUUAUUUUCCAAAGAUCUUGACGUUUUUUGUGGGUCUGGCUAUAGGGACCCUUUUUUCAAAUGCAAUUUUCCAACUUAUUCCAGAGGCAUUUGGAUUUAAUCCCCAAACUGACAACUAUGUUGAGAAGGCUGCUGCUGUGUUUGGUGGAUUUUACAUAUUUUUCUUUGUGGAGAGAGUGCUUAAGAUGAUAUUGAAAACAUACGGCCAGAAUGAUCAUACCCACUUUUCCAACAACGACUUUGGUCCUCAGGAAAAAACUCAUCAACCUAAAGCAUUGCCCACUACCAUCAAUGGUGUGACAUGCUAUGCAAAUCCUGCAGUCACAGAGCCUAAUGGACACAUCCACUUUGACACUGUCAGUGUAGUGUCUCUACAGGAUGGGAAAAGGGAGUCAAGUUCAUGUACUUGUUUGAAGGGGCCCAAACUGUCAGAAAUCGGGACAAUUGCCUGGAUGAUCACACUCAGUGAUGCCCUGCACAAUUUCAUCGAUGGCUUGGCCAUUGGGGCUUCCUGCACUCUGUCUCUUCUGCAGGGACUCAGCACUUCCAUAGCCAUCCUGUGUGAGGAGUUUCCCCAUGAGUUAGGGGACUUUGUGAUCUUACUCAACGCAGGGAUGAGCACUCGACAAGCGUUGUUAUUCAAUUUCCUUUCUGCGUGUUCCUGCUAUGUUGGGCUAGCUUUUGGCAUUUUGGUGGGCAACAAUUUUGCUCCAAAUAUCAUAUUUGCACUUGCUGGGGGCAUGUUCCUCUAUAUUUCUCUGGCAGAUAUGUUCCCAGAGAUGAACGAUAUGUUGAGAGAAAAGGUGACUGGAAGAAAAACCGAUUUCACCUUCUUCAUGAUUCAGAAUGCCGGAAUGCUGACGGGAUUCACAACCAUUCUACUCAUUACCUUGUAUGCAGGAGAAAUUGAGUUAGAGUAACAGAAAGUCGAAGAUGGUGUUGUCAUUAGAGGCAUUUAAUA